AAGACGUACGACCGAGUGACCGAAAGAAUGAUACUGUCUGCAUACGCCAGUACUACGAACGGUGAUUGGGGAGCGAAAUAGUCGAGCGGUUAAUAAGAGAGUUAUCAUAUAUACCGGUGACGGUACUUCCUGGCUUUCUUGCUUUUAUUUUUGUGGAUUUACGCGCGUUUAAUUCGGUUCUGGAGGUGAAUUUUUGUUUGGAUGAUACGGACGUGACUUCAGUCAAGCAACAUGAAACGACUUGCAACAAAUGUCGUCAUUCUCUUGUGCGGCCUGUUUGGUGUAGCAACAGCUGAUGAUGGUGACUGGCAACCGUUGCUACAUGCUGACUCUUAUUAUGGAGCGAAAUCCUCUUUUGUUGAUGAAAGAGGGUUUGGAUUACUGGGAGGAGGAGGAGGAGUAGGAUAUGAGGAGACCGCACCAGAGCCGUCCAAUGAUCAAUGUGCCUUAUACAAAGUUGGAUUUACACAGGAUUUAUAUUUCCAAUAUAUCCAAUAUAAGACGCAUAUUCCCGAUUUGAAGGAAUUCACGCUGUGUUAUUGGGCCAAGUUCAAUAACCACUCCAAUGAUCAUCCGAUAUUUUCUUAUGCUGUUGACGGUCAACCAAGAGCGAUCUACUCCUGGAUCACCAACACCGAACGAUCCAGCUACUUCAGCAUGAACAUCGAGGGACACACUUUCUACCGUCUAAACUACCCCCUCAGACUGAACAGGUGGUAUCACACUUGCCAAAGUUGGAAUGGAAAAACUGGCGAGUGGCAGAUAUGGGUGAACGCCGAAAGGGUUGGACGAGGAUUCCAUAACAGGCUUGUGGGUCAUGUCAUCCCAGCAGGAGGCAUCGCCAUUACCGGCCAAUCACAAAGCCAACUAGGCGGGGGUUUCCAGGAAGGAAUUGAUGCACCUAAAGGCUCAGGUGGUAUGCUAGGCGAAAUAACCAUGCUCCAGCUCUACAGCGUCGCUCUGACAGCGGGAAAAGCUCACAAGGACCACAAGCACCAUCACGCCCACCAGUACGAUCAUAAUGGAAACAUGAUCACCACUCCAGCUCCCACGACCACAGUACGUUCCACACUACCCGUCCAUCCAUUACUCACUGGAGGGCAAUUGAACAGGAAUACCAGGAUCAAUUUUGCUGCCGGACAACAACCCCAAGUGAUCCAAGGGCAGGAGUAUAAGGUGGGAUAUGCGAAUGGACAAUUAGUUGGUGGAGUUGUAACCCAGCAGCUGACCAGGGGUGUACAACAAAGCCAAAUUGCGCAGCUGGCUCAGCUCACUCAGCAAGGGGUUCCUUAUUUGGGUCAGCAACAGUUGUUGCCCCAAGGAGCUGGCAGUUUUGGAAGUCAGUUUGGAAUACAAAGCAGUUUAGCAAACCCAGCUAAUGUCCAGUACAUCGACACCACUUACAAUUCUCGUAGUCUCUUUAAAAGACACAACGAACAAGAAGCUUCGGCAGCCGAGUCCUCUGAAACGGCCCUCGAACCUGAAGCUAUCGCACCUGAAUUCGGUGACAAAAUAGUCAAGAAACGUGAAGCCGAUGAAAAGAAACAGAAGAAGAGGGAGCUGUUUGUUGCUGGCGGCACCAUAUUUGAUGACGGUUUAACCAACUUGGGUCCAACAGUAAGCAAUCAACAGUUGCAGCAAAGUUUACUCUAUGGUUUGGCAGGUAUCGGUGAUAACCAACCGAUCCUGAGACAGCAAAAAGAGCGGGACGAGCGAGAACCAGCUGAAGCGGAAGUGAUGGCAGUGAUGAACAUUUGUUCCGGUUGUGAUGAAGAGCCGUUCGAUAAAGCGCUCGUUUUCGGUUGGAGGACUGUUCCGAAGAAACUGUUUUCUGGAGCGUUUUAUGGUCCGGCCGUAACGCAGUGUCGGGUGUUUUAGGGAACGCAUCUAAUUUUAGGUCUUUUUUUGGUGCUAUAAUAUGUAAGGGUAUUUGUAAGUGCUGGGAAACGUACGAGUUUCUUGGAGUUGUGGCUCGUUCAUGUUUAAUGUCGAAGCAGCACUAUAAAUGAGGCGUUAAGAAUCGUAGUGGCUUAACAUCAAAUAUAUUGAAGAAAUGAGUAUUUUACAUAUAAAAAUUGCUUCUUUUUUCGGUGGCGGUUUUUGUAAAGUUCCUAUAAGAUUUUUCAUUAAAAGUGUUUUGAUUUAUGUUUGUUAUUAUAAAUGUACAGCCAAGUGAAACUAGAUUUUUGGACUUAUUAUCUUACAUCUCUAAAGAGGUCUCAUAAGAGUAAUUUUUUAAUACAUGUGGAGUACACAAACAAAAUCAUAAAAAAAAAAUUGUAUUCUAUUGCAACAAUGGACUACUUAUUAUUAAAAUCAUUAAUUUUUUUAAGGUUUCCUUUAUCUAAUCAUAGUCAUUUUCUAGUUUUUCGUCCACCAGUUUGUCAAUGGCUGUAGCAGAAGUCUUAAAUUUAUUGUAAAAACCAUGAAAAACAAAUGAAACAUAUGCAAGAAGUUCAAUAGGACCUGGUUUCUUCCGUUUUUCUAUUGGGCCUCUCAAUAGAUAAAACAGAUCCAAAUUUUCAACGAGUUGAGUUUGAAUACUUAAAAUCAAAUUGGUGUUUAGUGUCAUUAGAAAAUUUAAUCCAUUGCAUUUUCAUUAAUUCCACCUUAGAACCUUUCUAUUAACAAUAGCAUCUUCCAGGUUCUUGGUAAAAAAAAACAUUUUUUAUCAUUUUCACUACUUGAAAUGGCUUUCGUUUGCACGCAGAUUUAAUUACAGUCAUCCAGUGAUCCGGUAUAUACAUGCAUGUUUAUGACACUUCUUUUCUUUUUCUACAAUACCGAGACAAAAUUUUUGCAAUAGUGAACAAGGCAAGACACAAUCUCUUGAGGACCUUUUGAUUUAUUCCAGAUAUACAUAACCACAGUAACACAAAAACCACUUUAGUUAGUCCAUAGUUGAUGUUAAAAGUAAUCCUGUGGACAGUAGUGGGAGUAGGCAAUGUCGUCAUUAAGUCAAAUGCAAUAGCAACUCUUUCAUUUUCUUUUACCGAGGCUUUUUCAUCAAUUCUUCUUUUUCAAUGUUUGCUAACUCCAUUUUUCGUGCUUUGAAGUUCCUUUUUUCUUCAUCAUUACUCAUUUUAAGUUUAUUAUUUAAUUCAUCGUAUUAACGACAGCUAAUUCGUUAAAGCAGCAUGAAAAUGAAGGUUAAAAUGAGUUGAUUGAUGAAGAGUAUUUAAAGAAGGGGCCGAAUAUUUUUUUUGGCCACUCUUAGCUCUGGAAAAAUCUGAUUCAAAAACAGGAAAUUAUUCUACAAAUUCCUUAACUUCUUGAACCUUUGGAUCAAAGGUUUUCCUAGCAGAGGGAUGUCUUCCUCGUUGAUAUAUUGGAGAAAUUCCUUCUGAUCUUUUAAGGAGAACCCUUGAUAAACUACCAUCAUAAAUCUGCAAAACUUAAUUAAAAAACUGUUUGCAGACUCUCACAUCACUACCGUUUUCAAUUGGUAAUUCAUAAACUUGUUAUACUUUGUUCAUAUUCCGUGAAUAGCCUGGUUUUUUCAUUACAUCCACUUGUCCAAAUAUUCAGAAUGGAUCAUUAAUAUUCCACAAAAACUUAAGAGCGUAUUCCUUUGGUCAAAAUAUUGAAGAAACUUCCUAUAGAUCUAUGACGUAGGAAUUUGAAUUCCAUUUUCAAUUUUUUCUAAAUAAUUUGAAAGUAAACUAGACUAACCAUACGAAAUUAGGUACGAGGAGGUUUUCUAAGGUGCUGAAUUUUAUUUAAUUCUUAUAAAAUCCAAGGUUUUUACAAAAGAAGUUGAUUGAACUUCGAAUUGUUGCGCAACUUGCCACUAUCCUAUUUCUUAAUUCUUCAACAUUUUCAAUUAGAGUAGUAUAAAUUAAUUGUUUUGAACAAGAAGAAAAAGUCUAAUAUCUGUAAGUCGGGAGAUCGCGAAGGCCACGAUUGUGUACCCAUUACUUUUUAUUUUUGUUUAUUAUUUUCGGCAUUUUUUAAGCAUUUUCGCAUAUAGGUUUAUAGGAAAUUUUUCAAUAUUUUGACUCAAGGAAUGCGCCCUUAAUUUUUUGUAAAGUUCUAAUGACUCAAGCUGUAUGUGACAACUGCAAGCCAAACUAUAAAAACUCUCUUAGAUUAUUCAACUUUAAUUAUUUUAGAGUACCAUAUUGAUGCAUUUAUAAACAGGAUCAUGCAACAGGAACAUUUUGUCCCCUUAAAUUAAUAUAAUCCUUUCCUGAGGCUCUUAUAAAUUUCCGUUUUCCAAUUUUCCUCCAGUCGUAUCCAUUUUCUUGCCUUUUUCCUAUAAAAUCUGGAUUUAUGAGAUUUACCAUCCGACUUGGCUUUGCUGGUCUGAAUCUGAUAAUAAUAAUUGGUAAAGGCUGAUAAUUAGACUCUUCCGAUAAAGUAUCUAAAAUAAACAAAUACACUUAGUAUUGUGAAUAAAUAUUAAAAAUAUUCAAGGCUUAAGUAAAGUACCGUAAACUUUUACCCUUUCGGUAAUUUUAUUUACUCCAUUCCCUAAACCUAACCUAAAGAAACCUGUUCAAGCAGAAGUGAUCAUUAAAAAAAAUUAAUAUUUAUUUAUUUAUACUUGUAUUUACGUAAUAAAAAGAACCUUACCUUGACUCGGCAUACUUAAAACACUUAUUUUUUAACACUAAUCUUAAUCUCACGAUAACCAACAUGUCUUAACCUAAACGCACGUAAAUAAAUGAUAGUGGCCUAAAGCGGGGAUAGUAAUGUACGAUAUUAAAGUAGAACUUGUGGCGACAUCUUAUAUAGGCGACUUUUAUCGAAUCUGUGGUUAUUCGGCAAACACUUUUUGCGUUGGCAACAACUUUUGAUUUUUGUGUAUUAUGCCUCUAUAAUUCUUAACGUCUCAAAUAUAUAAAUUACCUUCAAAAUUACUUCCGUUAUAUAGAUCGUGAAAGAAUUUCUCACGUAGUGUAGACUCGUUUGUACAUACACCUUAAUAGAAUUUAGAUAAUUUUCACUAUAGAGCUAAUUCAUUGUCCAUGUUUGCCAUGACUAAUAGUAUCUUAACGAUUCAAAUCAUCAACCUGAUCAUGUAUAUUUAUUAAUGUAAUAUUUAUUAGAGUGCCUUCAGUAGAUUACAAUUUUCAUAAGAACCAAUAAAUAUUAUGCAAUUUAA